AUGCAGUUUAAACAGGAAUAUUGUCCAGAACUGUGCAUCUGCUGUAAAGAAGACGAGAGUCAAAGAUUCAUUAUCAACUGCAUUAAUCUGGGAUUGCCCGAGAUACCCUCUGAACUACCCAUAACUGAGAAUGCGACUCUUCUGUUUGAAAAUAACAACCUACAGACUUUGGACAACUCCACCAAAAUCAAAGGCUUUUAUCAACUGAAAGAACUUCAUCUGAGGUACAAUAAUCUUUCAAAAAUAGAGGUUCUUCCAAAAAGUAUUCAACUUCUCGAUAUAAGGAACAAUUCUCUUACGACACUGAAUGAAAGUGUAAGAGAGUUUCUGACACAAAAAUCGAAUAUGUCCAGUUUGACUAUCUUCAUAUCGGGCAAUAAUUGGAUUUGUCAUUGCAAAGAAAUACGUUUCUUUCGAUUCACCAAGGACCUGGCAGAGAAUAUCAAGGACCUUUGUAAGACAGAAUGCCACGAUUCCAGAUUGUUUGUUUCCUUGGAGGAGAUAGAUCUAUGCCCUGAAAAAAUUCCGCGUUAUGUCAUCUUCUUCACAUCGUUCAUAAUGCUAAGCUGCCUGUUGAGUUUCCUGCAAUGUUUCUGGAAGUCCAUUGUGAUGUGGCUAUAUGAGAAGAGAUUGUUCCUGAAACUGACCACUCGCCUAGAGAAGGGCACGGAGACCAAGUACGACUGCUUUUUGGCCUACUGCCACAAGGAUUCUCAUUUGGUAAGUGAGUACGUGCAAAGAUUGGAGCAUGGACGGAACCGACUUCGUCUCUGCUUCUACGAACGAGAUUGGCUCGCUGGUGAACCAAUUCCUGACUGCAUUUGUCACUCUGUGGAGAAUUCCAAGUGCAUUGUCAUUUUAAUGACAAAGAAUUUCCUCAAGUCGGUCUGGGGUCGUCUGGAAUUUCGUUUGGCCCUUCAUGCCACCUCCAAGGAUCAGUACAAGCGACUCAUUGUGAUUAUCUAUCCGGACGUGGAGAACUUUGAUGAACUGGAUGGCGAACUAAAAAGCUACUUAAAACUGAAUAGCUAUCUGAACAGGAAUGAUACCAAUUUCUGGAAUAAGCUUAUCUAUGCCUUGCCCCACAAGAUAAUAGAUGAGGGCGAGGAUAUGGAGAUUAUUAAUAUUGAACACUAA